CUUACAAAAACUUCAUCUACAAAAAAUAAUCCUUUCUUGAACGUCAUCUCUAUAAUCGAAAAAGGAAAAUGGGCUUCACUAGUUAUGCAGAAAUAUCUGAAUCCCUUUAUCGUACUCGCAAAUUCUUCCUUAUAUGCAACUACAUUCUUCUUGGAGCAGCUUCCAGCUGCAUCUUCUUGACCCUUUCUCUUCGUCUUAUCCCUUCGCUCUGCGGAUUUUUUCUCAUUCUUCUCCACAUUUUCACAAUUGGGGGCGCAGUCUUUGGCUGCGCAGCCGUUUCCACUUCCUCGGGAACUGGAAAAUGGUAUGGACCCCACAUGGUUUCAACUGUUUUAACUGCCAUUUUACAGGGGUCUGUUUUUGUGCUGAUUUUUACAAGAACGGGUGAUUUUCUUGGAAAGUUGAAGUCUUAUGUUAGGGAAGAAGAUGGUGAGAUGAUUUUGAGAUUGGGUGGUGGAUUGUGUGCUUUGAUAUUUUGCUUUGAGUGGGUUGUGCUUACACUUGCAUUUUUCUUGAAAUAUUAUUCUUAUGUGGAAGGUGAUGGUAAUGUUGUUGGUGGAUCAAUUGCUAUGAAAAGAAGUGCUAAGGUUCAAGAUGAAGAAGAUAUCAAGAAUUGGCCAUGGCCUUUUCAAGUCUAAGUAGUAAUAUAAAUUGGUCU